AUGGCAAAUCGUUGCCGUUUUCAACUUUGUUUAUAUUUGUUUACACAUCUCAAAAUCCUUGCACACUUAGUUUUUGGCUUUGCUAAUUUGAUUGUUUCUUUCUUUCUUCUCAUUUAUUUUUUCUUCCUUUUCUUUCUUUCUUUCUUUCUCUCUUUCUUUCUUUCUUCUUUCCUUCCUUUCUUUUUCCUUUCAUUUCAUUUUUCCUUUCCUUUUUCUUCGUCUCUGUUUUCUUUCUUUCUUUCUUUCUUUGUUUCUUUCUUUCUUUGUUUCUUUCUUUCUUCUCAUUUCAUUUUUUCUUUCCUUUUCCUUUUUUUCGUCUCUGUUUUUUCUUUCUUUUCUUUCUUUCUCCCUUUCUUACUUCCCUGCGUUGUUUAUUUCUUUCUUUUCUUUUUCUUCUCUGUCUUCUAUUUGUUUGUUUCUUUCUUUCUACUCCCCACUCUUUCUUUCUUUCUUUCUUUCUUUCUUUCAUUUUAUUUUUUGUCUCGAUUUUUCCUGCCUUUCUUAGACUCAUUCUUUCAAUUCAACAAAAAAACUGUUUCCUUUCGAAAGAAAUUUCGCCCAUGGUUGCAUAGACUGAUUGCACCUGAAAGGGGCAUUAUUCUCUUUUUCCUCUUAUUUUUUUUUCUGUCCCAUUCUCACAGACAAAAAAUCGAAAUGUCUUCGACCUUCUUCUUUUCAUCUUUUAUCAUCAUCUUCGUUUUCUUUUUCUUCUUCCUUUAUUUUCUUCGUCUUCACCAUCAUAAUUCUCUUCUUCUUCUUCAUCAUUUCUUAUCUUUCUCUUUCUUCUUUCUCUUCUUCCUCUUCAUCUUCUUUUUAUCUUUCUCUUUCUCCUUCUUCAUCGAAUCCUUCUCCAUAAUCUUCUUUUUCUUAUCUUUCUUCUUCUUCUUCUUCUUUCUUUCUUUCUUUCUUUCUAUCUAUCUAUCUAUCUAUCUAUCUAUCUAUCUAUCUAUCUAUCUAUCUCAGUCCGUUCUUUAUCUAUCUAUCUAUCUAUCUAUCUAUCUAUCUAUCUAUCUCAGUCCGUUCUUUAUCUAUCUAUCUAUCUAUCUAUCUAUCUAUCUAUCUAUCUAUCUAUCUUCUUCUUCAUCAUCUUCUUCUUCUUCUUCUUCUUCUUCUUUCUUUCUAUCUAUCUAUCUAUCUAUCUAUCUAUCUAUCUAUCUCAGUCCGUUCUAUAUCUAUCUAUCUAUCUAUCUAUCUAUCUAUCUAUCUAUCUCUAUCUAUCUAUCUAUCUAUCUAUGUCCGUUCUUUAUCUAUCUAUCUAUCUAUCUAUCUAUCUAUCUAUCUAUCUAUCUAUCUAUCUAUCUAUCUAUCUCAGUCUGUUCAUUAUCUAUCUAUCUAUCUAUCUAUCUAUCUAUCUAUCUAUCUAUCUAUCUAUCUCAGUCCGUUCUCUAUCUAUCUAUCUAUCUAUCUAUCUAUCUAUCUAUCUAUCUAUCUCCCCUAGCGUUUCACUUUCUUCAAGAAUACACCUUUCCUUCUUUUUCUAUUUUUCAUUUCAUUUCCUUCUUCUUUCUUUCUUUCUUUCUUUUUUACCUUUCAUUUUCAUCUUUCUUUCUUUCUUUCUUUCUUUCUUUCUUUCUUUUCUUUCUUACCUUUCAUUUUCAUCUUUCUUUCUUUAUUUCUUUCUUUCUUUUUUACCUUUCAUUUUCAUCUUUCUUUUUUCUUUCUUUCUUUCUUUCUUUCUUUCUUUUUCACCUUUCAUUUUCAUCUUUCUUUCUUUCUUUCUUUCUUUCUUUCUUUCUUUUUUACCUUUCAUUUUCAUCUUUCUUUUUUCUUUCUUUCUUUCUUUCUUUCUUUCUUUCUUUCUUUUUUACCUUUCAUUUUCAUCUUUCUUUCUUUCUUUCUUUCUUUCUUUCUUUCUUUUUUACCUUUCAUUUUCAUCUUUCUUUUUUCUUUCUUUCUUUCUUUCUUUCUUUCUUUCUUUCUUUCUUUCUUUCUUUUUUAGCUUUCAUUUUCAUCUUUCUUUUUUCUUUCUUUCUUUCUUUCUUUUUUCUUUGA